AAAAGCGAUUGACGUGAGUGUCAUCCAAUGAGCACAGUUCAUUCAAGCUAUCACCGCGAAGGUGGGGUUUCCUCAAAUCACUCACUUUCCGGCGUCUCCAUUGAAGGGCACCAGUUUGCUUGAUUGCGCACAGAAAUCAUGGGUGGACACGACGCUGGAACUCAACACCAGUUCACUGGCAUCGCCAAGUACUUCAAUUCAUACACCAUCACUGGCAGGAGGAAUUGUGUGUUGGCCACAUAUGCCAGCAUCGCUGCCAUUAUCCUCUUCUUCAAAUUGAAGCCCAAGAAGCAAAAGGCUGUGACAUCAAGUUAAUUUAUAGAUGUUUUGUGAAUGCAGAAUACAUGGAGGGGAAGCUGGAUGUCCUUGUUUUGACCACAUAACUUCAGUUUAACUAUGUAAAGAAUAAAAAAAAACACACCCAACAAA